AUGAGCAUACCUCAAGUGGUGGUGCGGGCAGGCAAGGCGGCGCUGACCGCAGCGGGACUCUCGCUGGCUGGACUGGCGGUGGCGUGGCGGGGAGCCAAGACGCUGCGGGAGGCACGGUACUAUCGACGGACGACGGUGCCACGGAAGGCACCGGUGGUGGUCAUCACUGGCGGAUCGUCGGGGUUGGGGGCCGGGCUUGCGCUCCGGUAUGCUGCGCGAGGCGCCCGAUUGGUGCUUGCGGCACGAGGCGAGGCACGGCUGGCAGGCGUGGCGGCGGCGUGUGCGGCUGUGGCUCCGCCAGGCACGCCGCUGCCUGUGGUUGUGCCCACCGAUGUGGCGGUGGAGGACGAGGCGGUCGCGCUGGUGGCUUCCGCACUGGACGCCUUUGGCCGCAUUGAUAUUGUGGUGCUCUCAGCGGGCGUCGGCGCCCAUGCUCUGUUCCAGGCCACCGACGACAUGUCGGUGCUGGAGACACUGAUGCGGAUCAACUUCUUUGGCGCGGUGUACGUGACCAAGGCCGCACUUCCACACCUUAUUGCCGGCAAGGGCCAGAUCGUGGUCAUGUCGUCACUCUCGGGCGAAAUCGGCCUGCCGUAUCGUGCCGGCUACUGCGCCUCCAAGUUUGCGGUGACCGGCUUCUUUGAGGCGCUGCGGAUGGAGGUCAACGAGUCGGAUGUCCAGAUCACCAUCGUCUGCCCGCCGUCGGUUAAGACGGCGUUUCGUGACAACUUGGUCCUCAACAUGACCUCACAAGAUGUGGCGGGUGAAUCUUCGGGCACCGAGGGGGAUGACCGCAUGCCCGUUGACGAGUGCCUCGACCACGUGAUGGACGCUAUCGAUCACGGCCGGCGCAAGGUCUACUUUCCAUUCCUCGCCUAUCUCGCCGUCUACAUCCGCCCGUUCUUUCCCGAGCUUGUUGACUGGAACGCCAAGCGCAAGGCAAAGCUGUAACUGUAAACCACACGCCUAACUGCG